GGACAAAACAACUAUAUAUAUACAGUGCUUCAGUAUCUCACUGUUUCAGCUUGGUUUCACUCAGGAGAAGAAGGUAUUACCAGUAUGCAGAUCUGCAGGGAUGCAUGUUUUUUUUUUUUUAACAAUAUGGCUCGUUUACCUUACGUUUGAGGUUGAAACUUUUCAAGGGAUAUCCUGUGGCUCCCCUGGCGAAGUGAUGAAUGGCAGGUAUGACCUCACAGAGGGGGUGGAGUUUGGAGCCAGAGUAACAGCCCAGUGUGACAAAGGACAUUACAUUGUGGGUUCCAAAGUACGGAAUUGCAUGGCAUCAGGGUGGUCUGGCAGAGUCGCUAUCUGUGAAGUGGUGAAGUGUGGAGCGCCUCCUGUUGUUGCCAAUGGAAGUCUGUUGUACAGAGCUGAAGAGUCGUAUGCCUACAGAGAGGUGGUGGAGUAUCAGUGUGACAGGCAACUGACUCUGGAUGGACCCAGGUUCUUACACUGCUCUGAAACAGGACAGUUUGAGCCAAAUCCACCUAAAUGUAUUGACAUAACUUGUCCAACACCUAACAUCGAUAAAGCUUUCCGCGUAGAGGGACAUAUGCCUCCAUACAAAUACAAGUCUUUCAUCAGAUAUGAAUGUGAAAAGGGAUAUGAAAUGGAAGGUGAAUCAGGUCUUACCUGUGAAAUAGACAGCCGCUGGUCAGCAUCAUACCCAACAUGCAAAGCACUUGCUGACCGGAUGUUCGACAUAAUGGUUUCAUAUCAUAUAAUUGUUUCAAGAAUGGUGGAUAUUUAUUCAGAAUUAACAUCGUCUUACAAUGAAAGCAGAGAGAACAGGACCUUGAACUAGUUACCUGUUCCAAGACAUGGAAGGAGGAGAUGUGGUCUGCUCUGCUGUUAUAGCAAGACACCCGACGAACAUCUGAAAAACUCAUUUCUAUGACAACUUAUGUUUGCAUUAUAGUGUCAAAAGACAGCAACCCUGAAGCUGAAAAUGGUUUUUUUUCCAAGAUUGGAGAUGACAUCAAAGGUGGACUCA